ACUCGCAUUUCGCAAUCGCAUCGCAUUCGCAUUCGCACUAUUCACACACACACGCACACUCACACACACAUUUGCCAUUCAUUCGACUUUCGACAUUCGCGCGUUUGUGCAGCAAACUAGACCCGUGCUCAGUUCUUAACAUUGACAACAUUCUUAAAGCCAUAAAUCCACGUCCACAUCUAAAUUCAAUUCGAAGCCAACUCCAACUCCAACGCCAACGUCCACUUUACCAGUGAGGCGACAAAUUUCUCAACUUUUCCGGCUGGGGUGGCAUGUGGAUAAAUUUUGGCCGACAUGGAUCCCAGUGCUCUACAAAACAUGGAUCGGGACGCAUUAAAGAAGCAAAUCGAGAAUAUGAAAUAUCAGGCCUCCAUGGAGCGCUGGCCGUUAUCUAAAAGCAUUGCUGAAAUGCGCUCCUUUAUUGAGGAGAACGAGAAGAAUGAUCCGUUGAUUAAUGCGCCGGAUAAAAAGAACAAUCCGUGGGCUGAAAAGGGCAAAUGUAUCAUCAUGUAAUAUU